AUGCAUCUUUUACUAACUCAAACUCCAAUUAAUGAAUAAUAGUCUGUUUCAAUUUUUUUCAAAAAAAUUACAUUAAAUUUCGUAGAAAAUUUAUUGAUUAAAACGCUAGCUUUGUUUAAACUUAUGCAUUACAUUAUUAUCUAUAUCGUUUAACGUCCACUACGGGGUAGCCGUUAAUCCAGGGCUGCCACAAUAUUUAUCCACGUGUCGGGCCCAUGGACCUCUGGACUGAUCCACUUUGUUUCACCAGGGCACGGGUAAAUACGAUGUUCCGGCUUCUACGGGCUGCGUUCGCCUUGCGCUCCUUGACUCAGCUCCUGCGCAUGUUCCGCCUAAGGUCACCUUCCUCGGGUGUGCUGAGAGGUAAAAACUUCGAGCCUCUUGAUGCACUUGGAGCAGUGCCUAGGCUUAUCUGCCAGAGUUAAACUGCUAUGGCUGUACUGAAGUUCUCAGAAGAAAACCUAAUCCCAUAAAUAAAAUUGCUUGAGGGAGAGAAAAUUAGCGGAGCUAAUUUUUCUCGAACCGAAUGCCAUUUUAUUUAUGUUUAAACUUAUGCACUCCUCUUUGAAAUAGAAUAGGUAAAUUUUGAUUAUUGGGACCUUAAAUUGGACAUAAAUUAUUAUUAUUUUUCUCUUUAAAAUUUUAUACAAUUUAAAGAUAAAUUUCUUUACCCAAAAAACGGAAUUUAAAGGGGGAGGAGAAGUAAAGAAUUUUUGAAAUAGGAACUCAGUGGUUUUAUAUAAAGAAUUUAAGGAAGAAACUAGAGGGAAAUGAUAUUUUAUGAAAUUUAGAUUAAAGAAUAUGAAAAUUGAUAUUUUGAUGUUUAUAAAGAAACUUAAAGUCAAGCUAAUAAAGCCAUUGAUAAUACACAUAUAUUUGAGUAAAAAUUCAAAAUGGAAGUAA